AAACGCUUCGGAAAAAGGCAUCGAGGGCAGCGCGCGUUCGUGUCGCCCAUUGUUAUCCUCGUCGCGUGUAAUGGCUACCGCAGAGUUUGUUGACGGUGCUCGGUCUGCUUGUUUGCGAUACGGCCUAUCCUGAGCCACGGUACGCGGCGACGCGGUCCAACCCGACGAGAAACAAACCGUGAGGAGUCGUACGCCGCGAGCUACCGCCAAUUUUAUGCGACCGAGGAACCCGCGCUUCGUGCAGCAGUCGCCGCAGCCGCCACCGCGCUUGGACGACAUGAUAUGCGCGGGUCAACGCUGUCCGUUGACAAGCGUGUAACGGAGAUACUGUUCUCGCGUUAUCCACGAGGCUCGUGAUAGAAACGGUGCUGUGACCGGGGUGAAUUUUAGCGGGAUCCAACGUACCGAGGAGGCGCAUCGAAGCUCGAUAAUCGAUCGCCAUUGAUUUUCCGCGGCGACCACGGCCCAACCGACACGAGGAACUCGUUUUCGGAUGUUGUAUAGGACGAUACACCGAAACCAGUUACCAAGGUAUUGCCAUCGUCGGGAUUAAGUGUGACCAGCUGCGCGGCAUUCCGCGCCGCAGUCAUGGCAACUAGAAGAUUACCCGUUUGGCAGCCAGACAUGUAACCCGCGGCGCCCGUGUAGACUCACAUGGUCAAAGGCAACACAUCAAUGGCCCUAGAAUCAAAUGGCAACAACGUGGUGUGGUUGAACACAACCCGUCCUGAUCAAAUACAACAGAGCCAACCGAUCGAGCAGCCAGUGAAGUGUUCCAUGUUCACUCAAACAGAGCAAACCAAUAGUUUUACUCAGACAGAGCAGAGUAAUUCGAGUUACGGCGAUCAGAGACAGCAACAAGCAGCAAUGUUUGACCCACAGCAAAUACAGCAGCAACAAGCUGCACAGGGUCAGCAGACGCAGCAGCAGCAGCAGUCUCAGCAGAUGUAUGUCACGACGGACAAGAAGGAGGACAAAUCUCAGCAGCAAUCGGCUACUGCGGAAUUUCCUUUCUAUUACAAUGUCAACAUGCUGCAAAAGGUUCAAACGAACGCUGUGAGCACAAUCGGUGCGAUUACCACCGACGACAAGGGUUGUUACCGUUUCGACGUGCAACCUGUUGGUUACAACACAUUACUGAACCAAAUGAGCAUUGCGGCUGCUACCAACGCGACCUUCAAGUGCGAUAUUUGUGGUUUGGUCUUUGGACACAUGAGCUUACUGAAUCAUCACAAACGGAUUCACAACACGACGCCUAGUAAUCUUCAGCAACAACCACAGCAAGUUGUUGUACAAACACCGACAACGGUUACUGUCGCAACAACACCAGAGAGACCGUAUACCUGUGAUAUAUGCGGAGCAUGCUUUGCGCUACCAGGAGAAUUGAAGAGCCAUAAAACAAACAUGCAUCAGAAACCGAAGGUGCAGCUUUGCGAAGAUUGUGGUAGCGAGGACCCUUGUGAACAUCAUCCUACUAAAAUUAAAAAGACUAUCAAACCUGGUCAUCAUCCUGUAAAACGAAGGGGUGUAACCAGUGUUACCAAGUGUCACAAGUGUAAUGGUACAGGAAUAAUUUUUAUCGGUGGCAAACAGAACAGUCAAAACCAGGCAGAGAAACCGUUCCAUUGUAACGUGUGCGAUGGAACAUUUUCCCGAUAUUCGUCGCUUUGGUCCCACAAGAGACUCCAUUCUGGGGACAAACCUUUCAAGUGUGAUAUUUGCGGCUUAGCUUUCGCAAAAGCUGCUUAUCUGAAAAACCAUGGACGAGUGCAUACUGGUGAGAAACCAUUCAAAUGCAGUGUUUGUGGUAUGCAGUUCUCUCAAAGUCCUCACUUAAAGAACCACGAAAGAAUUCAUUCUGGUGAACGCCCCUAUCAGUGUGAAGUGUGUGAAAAAACAUUUGCCAGACAUUCGACCCUUUGGAAUCACAGAAGAAUCCAUACCGGUGAAAAACCUUACAAAUGUAGUAUAUGUGGUUCGGCCUUUAAUCAAGCUACACAUCUGAAAAAUCACGCGAAAGUCCAUACUGGUGAAAAGCCGCACAGAUGUGAUAUAUGUGAGAUCGGAUUUUCCGAUCGUUUCGCAUUGAAGCGUCAUCGUGCAAUUCACGAAAAGUACGGCCAAACAGCCAGGAAUCAGAACACGAACAAUGCAAGCAACGCACAGCAACCGAACGCGAGCAAUCAGCAGCAGCAACAGCAGCAGCAGCCCCAGCAAGCGCAGCAAGGUCAACAGGUUGUCGUUGUGAACGCCACGACUCCCGUUACCGUCAGCCAAGGUCAAGGACAAGCGGUAAUGCUCGAAGAAGUCUACAAGUGUCAGGUGACCUUCCCAGAGCCUAAAUGAUUCAGCUAGAGAAUACCUUUCAGGAGCUGGUCGAAGAGGAGGGCUCUGACCGUUACGUUUUACGAAGCGACUCACUUUCGUUCGAUUAGGCGAGUGAAAGCAUGACAAAAUAGUUCUUAAUCCGUUGGACACCGAUGAAUCGCAUUUACCGCACACUUCGUCGUGACAAAACAAAAAGUAAAUAAAAAAAAAAAAAAAUCAAAUACGAAAAAAAAAACAAUCGUGCUAGCUAACACCGCCGCUCGAAAUAAUUAGAGGAUCGGCCGUGCGGAGGAGACUACAACGCCCAGUAAGGUAUCCGACUUUAAAGGCCCCGUAUACGAUACAGAUAUUAUUUAAAUGCCACGAAACUUUUCCAGCAUGCUUGGCGGAUCGUCCCGAACCGAAACGAUCAUACGCGCUAUGGAUCUAAUUCCAUCUGUUAUCGAGCUGUGGCAAAAAUAAACGAUGCACGUAUUUGAAAAUGACGCGGGACAGCUAUCUUGUUUCAUCUCUGUUUUGCUUUUACAGGAAGUCUAACGAUAUUGCACGAUUCGCCGGCCCCAGCAAAUGUAUUGUUGUGUGCGAUUACUCGAUGUCGGUCGCACCAGUCUGAUGUGCCAUUGCCGUAAAUCUGUGACUAUCGUCGGAAUCAACCGGCCGCUCAAGGCUACCGAGGAGCUAUCUAUCCCCACCAUACUGGUUUGGCUAUCCUCUCUUUCUCAUUUCGUUCCGUAAGUGUGCUUGAAAGACGGAAAGACGUACUUGCGACCAGAGACGAACGAAAUACUAGAUAACGCAAUUUCAUAUAAAGAAUAGACGACGUCUGAUUCGUUAUAUUUUCAAUGAAAAAUACAAUCAGAAUUGUACGAUCAAAGUCAUCUGUUAUUCGAGCGAAGUUUUGCCCAUAGAUGCUUGCGAUCUAGUGUUGGGCAAAGUGCUGAUCGAACGCAUGUGAUCAUCUGUAAAUUAUCGGCAUAGGAUGCAAUUUACGUUAAAGUAAAAUAUUAUACAAAUUAUAUAGUACAGUUUUAUGCUUUUACUUAUUUGGACGAUCAAAUAUUUUAUAUUAAGGGGAUAGAAAUAUGUACAUUUUAUAAAGAGUUUCGUGUUUUAACGUAUCUAAAUGACAAAACGUUUUACUUUAAGCGAGGUUUUAUAUUUCUACUUACCUAGACAAUAACAAUUUUUUAUUCAGUGUUUCGUUAUAACGAUAUAAUUGAUAUAUAUUUUUCUUUGACGUAAACUAUCCUACGGUGAUAACUUCGAUGAUGACUGUUAUUAACCGAUUACAAAAUUCGCUAAAUAAACAAUUGCCCGACUCUACCGUAAACGCUCCUUUCCGUUUCUCAAACACGGAAGCAAGUAAAAGUGGGAGUUUGACGUGGCCUUGAGUGACUAAUUAAAUUUGAUUCGACUAUAGUCGCGACACAGAGGCAGACUGAACACCACAGAUCAUCUAUCAACGCUCAUCUCGAUAACAGAUCUGCAUAGGCUCGUAUCGUACACGGCCUUCUUAGUUCAGAACGAUUUGGCAAACCGACUGAGAAAGUGUUUCGAUUACCUUGGUAGUUUCUGUUAAGAGCGCAGAGUUCACGAUUGUCGAGGUCCAGAUCAUUUUUCAGAAUCGUCCAGCAACGGGAACCCCUAAUUUCCUCGAGCGACGUAAUUUCUACGAGAACCCUACAUUGUCGACACUUCUUUUGUACCAGAAACUCUCGAGCCCUUUUUUUCGAGUAUGAGAGAGAGCGAGAGAGAGAGAGAGAGAGAGAGAGAGAGAGAGAGAGAGAGAGAGAGAAGCGCACUUUUAUAUAUUGUACCUACGUUAAGAGACCUGCCAACAAGAGGUCGAUGGGGAUUGUAAGUACGAAGUACUAGGUGAAUAAGUAAUUUUAGGAACUGCGUCCGUGAAAAUUGUCGAAGGAGCUAUGGGUCCGCAAAACACUCCCAUUAAAUAAUAUAAUACUAAGAAUAAAACAGUGAUCAAUUUUUAUAUCACCAUUCACCAAUCUCACCAUUUUUCCUAAUUGAAAAGUGUCCUGAAUUUUGGUAUAAUUGCGGAGUUUGCUAGAAAUUCUUUCGAUAUUAAAACAAUUAAUCUUUAGAGGUGUCAGAUUUAUUCUGUAUAGUGGUCACGUGGCUCCUUACAAUUUUAUUCGCGCAUUUAGAUAAUAUAUCGCGGACGAAACAAAACAAUUCGGAGCUUCCAUUUUAAUCAAAACGCCUGGAAGCGUCUUCCUGAGCCUCAAGUGAAAACAUUAUAUGUCCUGACCUACCCGAUUUAUUUUCGCAUCAGUUGUACAUAAGCUAGCACUAAUUUGAUCGUUGAAACAAACAAAGAAAAAUUUACUUUUAUGCGUCACGUUUGGAACCCGAGUUUAACAAUGAACACGAAUAUGAUUGCAUCGUAUCCUUCUUUGAUCGUCUAGAAGUUCGAGGGUCGAGGUUUCAGGGUCGUUACGCAGCUCAAAUUCCCUGUAACUACACGCGGAUCUUCGAAGCGCUUGAAGAUAAUGUGCUUGCACGAGUUUUCGGGUCGAAAAGAUUAAUAGUAUCCUUAAAACGUUCGACCCUUUUAAUUGCGUUCAUUUUCGAAGGACCGACGGCUUAACCGUUUGCGCACGCCAUUGUCGUUAAUUAGUCUUUAUCUGGAUUCGUUCGUCUCCUCUAGAUAAUUGUAAGACAAUUUUUCGCCUAUUCUCCGGCUGAAUAUCUGCAAGUCCAGAUAAGGAUUGACCGAGGUGAACGAAUAAUACGUAAAACUUUGUAUUAAGUAUUGUAAUAAGUCUAAAAAACGUGUACAGAUUUCUCGUCCGUGCUCGAAGGAAGAUGAUAAACACUGUUUCUUUUUUGUACAAACUUUCCUCGUUGCCGCAGACGCCGUUCCAUUCGAGACGAAAGCGAAAUAGUAUUUGCGUUAGUUUACUUUUUCCGUUUCUUUUUCUGUUCGAUAACGAUGUUCAUCGUCUAGCCAAACAACGGGAAAAGAAAAGUAAUGACGAAACGAGGUGGGGAAAAAGAACGAAUAUACACAGAACGGUAUACGGUGAAACACACGGGAUACCGUAAAUAUUUAGAAACGUAUUCGUAUACAAACAAAAAAAAAAAAAAAAUUUAAAGGCGUAGAGAAAGGAAACCCAUGAAUAGACCUUAGACAUAGCGUGCAAUUUUACGGAGUUUCUUAAUUAAAACGAAGGACGUUAAUGGAUGAAGGGGGAUAAAAAAAAAAAAUAAUGGGAAAAAAUAUGCAGUCCUAUCGCGACGAUAUAGAUUAAUUUUUACAUGAUACACGUUGUAUGAGCAAUAAUUGCUGAUCAUACGAAUUUUUGAUAAUAAAAGAACACGUUCCUAUUAAAUUAUCUGUUCAUUGUCGUAUUGUUAAGUCUUCGAAGCGAUUAGAAGAACGGUAUCUUUGAAAUAGACGGGAUAGAAGGAGUUUAACUUACCUUUCUUUCUUACGAACGAGAUGUAAGGAAAUGAGUCGUAUGGCCUCUUUGUAAGAUAAGUAGAAACCGGGACAUCCUUCUUUGUGGAAAGUAAGAGGAAGAAGAAAACAAAAGCGAGACGACGUCUCGCAAAUUUUUUAUCACGACGACAAAAUGGGGGAAAAAAAAGUAAUAAGAGAAACAUUGGUUAAAAACCGCGAAUAACGACGUGAGACUGUAUAUUUAACGUAAUUUAUUUUCAGGGUAUCUAUCGAGAUAUUUUUUCAUUUGCCAUUGUAAAAAUUUUUGGAAAUCUACGCACUUUCUAUAAGCUAUUGUAGGAUUGUAAAGUUAUACAUAAAAAAAAAAAAAAAUGAAUGAAAUUGAAAUUGUAAGAUGAAGACGAAGAGAGAAGAAUAAUCAUUAUUUUCGUCCUUUCGCUGAGGACCUCGGAUGAAUUCAUCGGUAUUCUCAUCGUCGACGCUAUGACGAUACCAGAAACCAGAAAUGAGCAAAAUUCUUAUCCAGAUAAAAAUGUCGAAUAACGAAUAAAAUACAAACGGUUGUUCAUACGUUCAUUUUCGAAUGAUCGUUACGAAUAAACUGCUAUACGUUGAUUUUAUUUGUUAUCGUAUUUUCGAAUAAAAUUUUGUCCAUUUCUGACGUAACUUUGUCCCACGAAUAAAUUGGUGACCUCGGUAUUUUCAUCGCUCGCCACGUGAGAAUUCCGAAGACACUUUUACGGAGGAUGUAGUUAAACGAAAACAACAACAGCAAAAAAAAAAAGAAUUACUUUCAUCAUGUAAACACGCUAUAGACAAAGCGAAUGUAUUCCGCCAUGCGCUGUUUAAAAACUUAAGUUUCAAUCUUCCGUUUUCCUUUGGCUUCAACUUCCGCGAGGUUUUUUAAUCAAAUCGAAUCGAAAGAAAAAAAACGUGAGAAAAAAAGGAAGAUUUAUAAAAUGUUUCAGUUCUGAACGAUGUCGCUGGCAGAGAGAGAGAGAGAGAGAGAAAAAAAAGAGGAUUACUUGCAAAACGGAGCUACAAUAGUGACGAAUAGCGCGCGGUGGUGAAGCCACUGUGAAGAAACUUAUAUGCGUGUAUACACACACCGUUUUGUAUGAAGGAACGAACAGUCGUAAAGAAGAAAAAAAGAUUGUCACUUUAGAUUAGUCUGCUGUCAAUAUAACUAGAAUUAUAAUUUUGAAUGUAACAUGUAUCAUAUUGAUUAUUGCCUAGAUAAGAAACCGUACCGAUUAAAAGUUAGCGCACGAUUAUAUCAGACAUUAGGUAUAAUAAUAAAUGAUGUCCGCUGGACAUUUUCAUUUUUGAAGA